AGUUGUCGGCAUGGUUCUGGACAUUUCGAGGGGGAUGCGUCAAGGUCGAGGUGGGGAGCACGACGUCAUCUGCGAUUGCAGAACUCGGUUGUUGCUGAUGUUGCAUCAUUAGCAUCAUCUGCUGGUGAUGAUGGGGGUUGUAGUAUCCAGAUGGGGCUUGAUUUGAACGCUGCUGAGUCAUAA